UAUUACUGUAAGUAGAUAAAUUCCGGGAAGGGAAUUACAGUAUCGACAAUCGUAUCAUUACAUACCUGUGGUAGGGAUUACAAUGAUCAGCAAAACACUGCGUGCGCAUCAUUCGUGUGAAGUGACGACAUAACCUCUUGCAAUUGCACGAGAUUCGAUGACAGGUUGUGCUUACGAAAAUAUCUAAGGAAAGAAACAUGACGACGGAAAAUGGACAGGUCCAAGUGGAAAACGGCGCCGUUGAAGAUGAGGAUGUCGUGACACCGUGGAUAGUCACCAGUACAAAUGAUUCUGGAAUUGACUACAACAAAUUGAUCAAAAAAUUCGGAAGCUCUAAGAUCGAUGAUGAAUUGUUAGCCAGAUUCGAAAAGAUCACUGGCAGAAAGCCGCAUCAUUUUCUUAGAAGAGGCAUAUUUUUUUCUCACAGAGAUAUGCAUACUAUUCUGAAUCUCUAUGAGCAAGGAAAGCCAUUUUACCUGUACACAGGUAGAGGACCUAGUUCCGACGCGAUGCAUCUGGGUCAUCUCAUACCAUUCAUGUUCUGCAAAUGGUUGCAGGAUAUAUUCAAUGUUCCGUUGAUUAUACAGUUAACGGAUGAUGAGAAGGCUAUAUGGAAGAACAUAAAGAUAGAAGAUGCCAUUAGACUGGCCUAUACCAACGCGAGAGACAUUAUCGCAUGUGGCUUCAACCCUGAUAAGACCUUUAUCUUUUCCAAUUUGGAACACAUAGGAAACAAUCCAGCUUUCUAUCAGAAUAUGAUUCGGAUACAGAGAUGUGUAACAUUUAAUCAAGUGAAAGGAAUCUUUGGCUUUGGCGACAGCGAUUCGAUCGGCAAGAUCGCCUUCCCGCCGACGCAAGCAGCACCAGCAGUUGCUAGUUCAUUUCCUUUUAUCUUUAGAGAUGCUAAAGUGCACUGUCUGAUACCGUGCGCGAUCGAUCAGGAUCCGUAUUUCCGUAUGACCAGAGACGUAGCACCUAAACUUGGCUUCCCCAAACCAGCUCUACUACAUUCCACUUUCUUCCCGGCGUUGCAAGGUUCCAAAACGAAAAUGUCAGCGAGCGACAGCAACACCGCAAUAUUUCUCACGGAUACUGCCAAGCAGAUCAAGAAUAAGAUCAAUAAACAUGCGUUCUCUGGUGGCCAGGCCACCGUGGAGGAACAUAGACAGCAGGGUGGAAAUUGCGAGAUUGAUAUAUCCUAUCAGUGGCUACAAUUCUUCCUGGAAGAUGAUGAGCGAUUAGAAGAAAUCAGAAAGGGUUAUACCAGCGGAGAGAUCUUAACGGGCGAACUUAAGAAGGAAUUAAUCGAGAUAUUACAACGACUGGUGGCUGUGCAUCAAGAAGCAAAGAACAAAAUAACAGAAGAUGUGAUCAAGCGGUUCAUGAUUCCUAGAGAUCUCGGCUUUAUAUCAAAAACAAAAUAACUGUUUAGCGAAACUUAACAAUGCCUUUCAACUACACGAAGUACCAUUUCCUUUGUUAAUCUAAGUGUCAUUAGGAAACUUAAUUUAAAUUAAUUUAUUGCAGAGAAUUAAGUCGCAUAGUGUAAAGUACACAUUCUGCUUUUGUUGAAACUUCUUCCAUCAAAGAUUAAAUUAAUUUUCUAUUUGUAUUGUAAAAAAAAUUGAUAUUCUUUGAUACAAGUAUAAAAGUUCUUUCGCGCAUAUUCAUAUGUGUUGAUGUUUAAAUAUUAAAUGCAUGUUUUUAUAUAUAUAUAUAUAUAUAUAUAUAUAUGAUAGCAGCAAGUGUGGCAUUUACUGAUAACUUCGUUAAAUUCUAUUCUCGAUUGUACUGCGACACAACAGUGCGUGAAUAAAAGCACGUUUAAACGA